AUGAAGAGGAGAAAGAUCAGCAGGCAAUCAGACUUCAAAGUCCCUGUUGAUGUAGUCUUCGAAGUGCUCAAAAGACUUCCAGCAAAGUCGAUCAUGCGAUUCAAAGCGGUCUCUAAGGCAUGGCAUCGCCUAAUCUGGGAUCCCUACUUUGCAGAAUCUCACCAAAUUCCUACUCAUGCUUUCCAAAAUUAUGUGCUUUGCACCGAAAUUGUGCAUGGCCUUGUCUGUUUGUUAGAGAAGAAAAUUCUGCAGCCUCACGUCCUCAAUCUCACCACAGGGGAGAAGAUGGCUCUUCCAUGGACACCGUUGAGUGCUGUAAACAGAUACGAAACUGUUAGCCGUUCUUAUGCCAUGGGUUUUGAUCCAUCUACCAAGAAAUAUGUAGUCAUCUUCAUACUUAAAAAUAAAGAAAAUUUAAAUAAGGAGUGUAGGAUCCAUGCCUUGGGAGCCCCAUCAUGGAGGAAAAUACACGAGUUACCAAUUUGGGGACUUUCUCAAAGGAAUAUAUGCGCUAAUGGAACCAUAUAUUGGAUGGAUGAAUUAGCCAUGAAUGGUAGAAGAGGUAUUCAGUGUUUCAGUGUUGCUGGGGAGAAAUUUGAAGUACUUUUUGGACCUGAAGGUGUCAAAAGCACAGGGCAAUUAGCACAAGUUAGAGGGUGUUUGGCUUUUUUAUGCCUGAAAGAUGCUUCUUCAGGCAUGUGUGACCUCUGGAGAAUGGACAGGAAUAAGAACAAAGUCUGGACCAAGACCACAAUUCAAAUCAAAUUGUGGGACUCUCCUCCUGUUAUGCUUGAAAUUAAAAUUAUUGGCUCCACAAAAAGAGGUGAAAUCUUAAUUACAGUUGGCAGCAAGUGGCCACCUAGGGGCAAAUUAAUUGUUUAUGAUUUGGAAACUGGAAAAUUUAGGACUACUUGGAUCACCUGUCCAUCGCAUCCUAAGGGCAAAGUUUGA